CUAUGCAAGUCACUUAAACCCCAUUGCCUAGCCUUUACCUCUCUUCUGCCUUGGAACCAAUGCAGAGUAUUGAUUCCUAGAUGUAAGGGUUGAGAAAAAAGAAAAAGGAAAAUGCUCCACUUGCACUUUGUGAUAUUACAUAUACAUGUUCUUUUUUGCCAGCCUUUCAGAAACUGCUUCAAAUAGGCUACGAAGAGAAAUUGAGGCCCCUGCUCCUAUAGACUGUAGGUUGAGCUCCUGGAGUCAAUGGUCUUCAUGUGAUCCUUGUCAAAAGGAAAUGUAUCGCUCACGGACCAUUGAGGCCUUUGGCCAGUUUGGUGGGAAGAGGUGCCUAUAUUCUUUGGGAGACAGGCGUAGCUGUGAACCUUUUAAAAUCUGUGGUGAUGAAGAACAUGACUGUGGAAAUGAUUUUAAAUGUGAAACAGGUAGAUGCAUUAAAAAGCGGCUUCUGUGUAAUGUUGACAAUGACUGUGGAGAUUUUUCGGAUGAAGACAAUUGUGAAAAAGACCCACGUUCUCCCUGUCGUACUGAUGUAGAACUGUCUGAGCUUGGCCGGACAGCUGGAUAUGGGAUGAACAUUUUAGGGAUGGAUCCUUUGGACACUCCCUUUGACAAUGAGUACUUCCACGGUCUUUGUGAUCGAGUUCGAGAUGGAAAUACUGGAACCUAUUACCGCAAGCCCUGGAAUGUGGCAACUCUGAACUAUGAUACGAAGGCAGAAAAAAGAAUCAGGACAGAGAACUAUGAAGAACAUAUACUUCAAAUAACAGAGACAUUCAGAGAAAGACAAAAAAGUUUUGGCAUUGACAUAUCUCUAAAACUCACAUCUACUGAAGGUCCUUUGUCUUUGCUCAAGGAUGCGGGAUCAUUUGAUUCUAGUGUUCCAGAAUUUGGGGAAGAUGAAGCCAGAGCUCCAGAAAGCACAAUAGCUAAAGAAGAAGUACCUGAAGAUGGAACACCUGGAGAAGAAGCACCUGAGGGUGGAACACCUGAAGGAAAACCUGAUCAAAAGGGAAACCAACAAAAUUCUGGUCUAACAUUUAGAUUUAGAUAUUCAAAAAGUGAAAGUCUUCGCCUUAUCAAGUACUAUUCUUCAGACAAGACAAAAAUGUUUUUACAUGUGAAAGGAGAACUUCAACUUGGAAGAUUCCAUAUGCGAAAUAGAGAAUUUAUGUUGAAAAAUACUUUCCUGGAUGACUUAAAAGCUCUGCCCACCAGCUAUGAAAAGGGAGAAUAUUUUGGCUUCUUGGAAACCUAUGGCACACAUUACAGUAGCUCUGGGAAUAUAGGAGGAAAAUAUGAACUGAUAUAUGUGUUGGACAAAGACGAAAUGCAGAAGAAAGAUAAAGAAACUGAAGCCCAAAGAGGUCACUCUUCACAGUCACAGCAUCACCCAGUUAGUCUUCAAAUAGGAGAUGUGCGGAAAUGCCUUGGAUACGAUUUGGAUUUGUCUUACCAAACUGCAGUUGAUUUCCAAGCCAACAUAAAAGGUUCUGAUUGUUCGGCAGUAAACUGGAAGCGUUUAGAUGAUAGUGAACACAAACACAUUAUAGAUGAUGUUAUUUCACUCAUAGAAGGAGGAACCAGAGAAUAUGCCACCAACCUCAAGGAAAAGCUGCUCCGAGGACCCAAGGUGGUAGAUGUGACGGAUUUUCUCAACUGGAGCACUUCCUUAAAUAAUGCACCUGUGCUUAUCAAUCAAAAGCUACUCCCAAUAGGCAAUCUGAUUCCAGUGAGAAUGGAAGAUGCACAUGAAAAGAAACAAAAUUUGGAACAAGCCAUAAAUGAUUAUGUUGAUCAGUUCAGCUCCCACAAGUGUCAGCCCUGUCAAAAUGGAGGAAACACAAUGCUGCUAGAUGGGGAAUGCAUAUGUGCUUGCAAAACUGGUUUUCAGGGGAUUGCUUGUCAGCUCAAGUCGGUUGUUUAAAGGAAUUGCUGAAAAAGAGGAAUAGAAUUCCUGGUCAUGCCAAUCUCCACAUAUGGAAGGGGAAAAAAAGUCAGGACUGGCAGCCAGUAUAAUGAUCCAGCCGCAGGCCUUGGGAGACAGCCUGAGCCAGGAGGACAGCAUCUGUGCACAUAGCAAUCCUUUUAGGACCUUCUUAUCCAAGUCUAUAUUGAUUUUUCCUUUCUCUGAACACUGAUCAUUUUUCAAUUUUGUGUUUUCUUAAGGUACGUCAGAAUCCAAGGAAUCCAAACAUCCUUAAAUUCAUAGACAAAGCCAGUUUCCUUGUUCCUGCAAAAAUAAAAAUGGGAUAAAAUUUAAAACGAGAA